AUGGCGCAGAGUGAUGACCAAAAGAAGUCUGACAUUCGUUGGCGCAAAACCAAUCUAAUACGUGCCUUUUUGGUAAUUGUUUCCAUUUUAGCAGUUGUGAUGGCAUUAGUCAUCAUUGAGUUGAAGUUCACCCACCCUGAACCAAGCCAACAAGGACCAAAAACAAAUAAGACCGUGUGCAAGAGUCGACCACCGCACAUUGUUCUCGUAAUAGCAGAUGAUCUAGGGUGGAAUGACGUAGAAUGGAACAACGUAGAUAUCAAAAUGCCGGUCCUCAAUCAACUCGCCGCUGAUGGCGUCAUAUUCAACAACACAUAUGUCCAACCACUCUGUACACCAUCACGAUCUGCUCUAAUGACUGGCUAUUAUCCAUUUAAAACAGGAAAUCAGCAUCAAUUUCUCUUCAAUCUGCAUCCUGCUGGAUUGCCAUUAGAGUAUAAGAUUUUACCGGAAAGACUUAAAGAUGUUGGGUAUCUUACUCAUGCUAUCGGGAAAUGGCAUUUAGGAUUUUGUAAGGAAGAUUAUCUACCAACUAAACGCGGCUUUGAUUCGCACUAUGGUCCAUGGACGGGAAGUUUUAGUUCGCACUAUACUAAAAUGACCCAAGAAGGUUAUGAUUUCCGUGACAACAUGGGCGUGGUGCAACAAAGUAAUACAUAUCUCACUUACAUGCUUACUGAAAGAGCAGUUGAUCUAAUAAUGGGACAUUACGUUGAAUAUCCAUUGUAUCUUCAGUAUAAUAUUGACUUACCUGCAAAGUUUCCUGAGGUACCACCUGAGUACGAAGCGUUGUAUUCCAAUAUUACUGAUAACCGAACCAGGGCAUUUUAUGGAAAAAUGUCUCUGAUUGAUGAUUCAGUUAAUAGUGUGGUGGAGGCGUUAAAAACUAGAGGAUUGUGGGACGACACGCUAUUCAUUUUUAUUAGUGACAAUGGAGCGGCAGCAUCACAAGCUGGAUCAAAUUGGUUAUGGCAUAUUGUUGAUUUGCAUAAAACGAUACUUACAUUGGCUGGGGCUGAAUCUGAGUCUGAUAUUGACGGUAUGGAUAUGUGGGAGACAUUCUCUAAAGGUGCACCAUCACCAAGAAAUGAAUUUGUGUAUAAUAUCGAUGAUUUCGAGUUGUCUCCCAAUGCUGCUAUUAGGGUUGGCGAUUAUAAACUGAUUACAGGAAAUCCGGAUUUAUUGUAUCCAUUUCGACUGGCAAAUCGAUCAGAUGAUUGGUACAAUUAUGGUGAUGUCCCUAUAAACGCGUUAUUUCUAUCCCCGGAUGAAGAUUUACCUCCUCCACCAAACGUGACGUGGCUGUUCAAUAUUAAAGAUGAUCCGGAAGAGAAAAACGACAUCGCCGAACUAUAUCCAGAGAUAGUACAAGAAUUAAGUCAUCGGUUGGAUGAAUACCGUGAAGAUCUAGUUCCGCCGGUAAACUUAUUAUCAGACCCAGCUGGUGAUGCAGCAAAUUUUGGUGGUGUUUGGUCGUCGGGAUGGUGUUAG